UGCGUGUGGUGCUGCGAAAACUAGGCGUGCGGUUCCGGUACGUGGCGGCGUGUCGCGCUGGAGUCAUCCGUUUUCGUCGCACUUUACGCACGAACACCAUCGUAACGCGGCGCGGCGAUAUGAGUUGACGAUCGCCGCGCGCCAAUCCGCCCAUUAAAAGACGAACUCUCGGCAUUGCUCGCGGUGGUCCACGGAGCCCGGAUCGCUCACAUGCGGAAGAGACAGGUUCGUGACGCGUGGCUUCGCAAAAGUGAAUGGUGGUGCGUCGGGACAGAGGCGACACGAGCCCCGUGAGACCGCGUGCGCAUGCGUGGCCGUGUGUGGACUGGCCCACCCUAGAGAAAAGCUCAAGCCCAGUGCGUGUGCGUGUGAAUUGAGAAAGUCCAGCACCCGGCGGCGGCGGCGACAGCAACAUCAUGCGAGGCAGUAUCGCCGGGAUCGAGGAUGGUUUCGUCGGCCGAAAGCUGGCCGGUGGUGCGGCAGCCAGUCCGGCCGAGAGUGCUCCCGGCGGGGGCACGGCUAGCUACCACGAGCAUCUCCUGCAACUGAUCGACUACCUGUACGCUUCGCUGAUUGUGGCCCCGCUCGUGGUAGGCUACUGGCGCGGUACGUGGAACCUGAUGGGCGACUACAUCUACCCCUCGGACCUGACCACGAGCCUGAUCGUGUCGCUCGCCAUCGGUGUCGCGGGGCACAUCCUGUUUAACCUCUGCCAGGCCACGCUCCGACAGCACCUGAACGCCGACAAGCACCGAAUAGCGUUCUACGUCGGGUCGCGGCUCUACACCGCCGUCUACGGGUUGGUGUGUGUGAAUGCGUGGCGUGGAGGCUGGCAGCUGAUCGACCUGUACACCACGCACAACGUCCUGUAUGUGGCGCUGAUCACGCUUGGGUGUCUGUUUCUGUUGGCGUGCCUGAAAGGAUCGCGCAACGUCAUGGGCCCACCGUUCGUGAUCGUGAACGACGCGCAACAGGAGUACUUUGAUGUGCCGACCUACUUCAAGCUAACGGGCUCCAAGGAUCCCGGCCUGUACGUGCUCGACUGCAUGUUCUCCGUGCUGGUAAUCGGAUCCCUGGUGGUGUUCGUCUGGCGCGGUCUCUGGGUCCUGCUGGACCUGAAACUAUUCCCGGAGGAUCACGGCGCAUCGGCGUGGGCAUCGGUGAUCAUCGGAUACGGUGUGACCGGGGUGACCUUCUCGCUGCAACCGCUGAUGCGGUGGACCUGCGAUCGGCUGACCGGCUUCUGGCGCGUCGUGGUCGCGGAUCUGUUCCUGUUCUUCAGCUUUAUCGGCACGAUCAACGUGUGGCGGGGUGUUUGGCAAGCCCUCGACACCUACUUCCUGCCUGAUCAACGGUUAUUGAGCAACUGGAUCACGCACGCCGUCUCGCUGGUUCUGCUGAUUCUGCUGAACUGCUCCAACUCGGUGCUGGUGCGGGGUGUUUACAUCGACGCCGAGGAACCCGCCGGCCAGUGCGUCGUGUUUCCGGUCUACUACAUUCGGUUGUUCUUUCAAAAGGAGCGCAACAAGAAGCAGCGCCGUCUGCUCGAUACGCUCGAACGGGCCGACCUCAACAGCACCGGCGGAGUGUUGCAGGAAAAGAAACCGCACCAACCAUCGCCACCGCCGCCGCCGGUUGGCCAGCAUCAGCAGCAACCGAAUCCCCAUCACCAUCACCCGCACCAUGCGGCCGAUCAGAACCAUCAGGUGAUCCGCAACCUGGAAACCGUGCCGCUAACGAUCAUCGACGAUCCGAAGAGCAACGGCAGCGAUCACAGCAGUCACCCGCCGAGCAAAUAGCCACCCUGGCCUGGCUGCCCUGAAUGCACUGAGACCAAUAGCUGGCCUAUUGCCGCAGAACGCACGACAUUCCCAGUAGCGUAGUUUUGUUCUUAAAGAAGCGAGCCGGGACCACGGAAGCGCCCCACCAACGCGGCCCUCUUCGAAGCCCUCGAGGCAGGCGAAUAAGAAGUCAACCCGCUGCGAAACCCAUCAGUAUACCAGCAUGAAGCUAGAGCGUAGUCGUGCCAACUGACCGUUAGGUGUAUUAAUUAUCGGUGUAAUUUCGUAGCGUUUUAAGAAGCAUACCCUCUACGUCGAAACCCUACUGUAGUAUAUAUAGAUAUAUACAUAUAUGUAUUUACGCGCGAGACGCGAGAUCUUGUAGACAAUAAGUGAAUCAACUAGACCACGUGGAAACGAACCCCGCUAAAAGCAGCUAAUCCAGAGCCUCAAACUCUUAUUUAUAACUGUUUCUGUUUGUAAAUACAAUGGACAACGAAA